AUGAUGAAGAAUGACAAUGGUGACGACUAGGGUUUACAAGAAUCAAUGAUGAAGAAUGACAAUGAAAAAGGUGUGGUGAGGUUAUAGUGGUGCUUGGUGAUUGGCAGUAAACCCGACGGGGGCGGUGGUGGGUGGUGCAAUCUGAUUGUGGCGAUGGAUGGUUCCAAUCUGAUGGGGCCGGUGGUGGGUGUUGCAAUCUGAUGGGGAUGGUGUCGAAAAUCACCGGCAUCCCUAAUUUCAUCAUCAAAACCAACGCAAAUCACCUGCAUCUUCAUCGGAGUUGGAGAAAUCUGGCGAGUCUGAUCAGUUCAGGGAAUUGCAGAUUGUAUAUUUGAAGAAAGUAAGAGUGUAAUCAUGGUGGUUGUAAAGGUUUGAAAUGAGAAAUUAGAAAAUGGCAAUGGCAGAUGCAAUGUGUUUUUUGUAAUGCCAUUGGGUUUAUUGUAAUGUCAAUUGUUCUUGAUUCCAUGUUUGGUGUUUUGCAAUUUCCAGCAACAUUAUUGAACAUAACAUAAAACAAAUUGCAGAACCUAUCUGACUUUAAAUAUGUUCAACAAGUCAAGUAGAUGUUAAGCUCUGUUAUUAUUAUUUUUUUAUGCAAGUAGUUUUUAUGUUUUUGCAGGAAGUCAUGGGAAGCACAUGCAUUUUCAUUGCUCUUUACAGAUUUAUGAUACGCCUCAAACGUUUUGCAGUUGCGUUUUACGGGAGUUCAUCUCGACCUCAGUUGGUUGCUCUGGUUGCGCAAGAGGAAAUCAUCGACGGUGGUGGUCAGAUUGAGCCGCCAGGAAUGCACAUUAUAUAUCUUCCGUAUUCAGAUGACAUAAGACCCAUUAAGAAACGAAGUAGGUGGCGACAGAGGUGGUGAUUGUGGGUUGGUGGUGGUUCUAUUAUGGUUUGGAUGGAUGAAUUUGAUUAAUUAGGGAGAAAAACUGGGUGGGUUUAAGGAGAAUUGAGGACUUGUAUUUAGAGUAUUUACAAAAAUUGUCCUUUAUAUGUAUAAAGACUAAACUACCCUCAAGUGACUUGCAUGUGACUAUAUUUAACAAGAAAAUCUAACCAGGUUGGGUGGAAA